AUGGAAAAAGAGCAAUAUCAGUCGGUGAUUCGAUUCUUGUUUUUGGAAGGGAAAUCGCGCAGCGAAAUCAAAGAGCGCUUGGAUGUUGUGUACGAUGAAUCUUCUCUUUCUAUGGCGACCGUCAAAAAUUGGUUUAACGAGUUUCAACGUGGUCGCACGUCGGUUUUUGAUGAGCCACACCCAGGUGUCCCGAAAAUGGCUACCACAGAGGAUAACGUGACAAAAAUCCACGAUCUCCGCAAUCCGAAGGAGUUUCUGCGUCGUUUCGUGACCGUCGACGAAACAUGGAUCCACUGGUACACACCAGAGACCAAGAAACAGUCGAAACAGUGGAUUUCACCCGGCGAACGUGCUCCGAAGAAGGCGAAGACUGCCUUAUUGGCCGGAAAGGUGAUGGCCACCGUUUUCUGGGAUUCACAAGGUGUGAUCUACAUCGACUACCUGGAGAAGGGCAAAACGGUCACAGGGCUCUACUACGCCGAAUUAUUGGACUGA